GUGGAAAUUAAUAAUAAUAAUUCAAAUAAUUAAUAUAAAAUUUAGGUUUUUUUUUAUUCAAAUCAAAGAAGAAAAUCCAAAUCAGCGGAUAGCCGCUCACGGCUUAGAGGCGAUCUUUUUUGUGUAAGCCUUACGUUAUAACUGGCCUGGCCCCCGCCCCCUGUAAGAACCGCGCUGUUCGCUCUCAGCAGCAGCGCAGCGUCGCCGUCGCUGCCAUCGUCGUCGACGUCGUUGACUGUGUCCCGUUCGCCGCUGCCGUGUCGCGUCGCGUCGCGUUCUGUGUUUGAAAGGCCUAAAAAAAACUCGGGUGUGUUCGUUCGGCGGCGCAGAGCAAUGUGAGAAAAUUUUUGUACAACGUUCAUUUGUGCCCCGAAAAAAGAUAAGAGUAAAAAUAGAAGAAAAAAUAAAACGUUGCAAAUAUACGAAAUUGUUCAAGAAUCUAAAGAUAAGAUGCAACAACAAAAAAAUAGCAGUGCGUGUGUGUAAAUAGAUAAAGAUAAAAGAUCUAUAAAAAAAAUAAAAAUAAAUACAUAAAAAAUAUCUAUAAAAUAACGAGGAAAUCCCUCAUUCAAACAAAAGUGUUGGAAAAAACAACAAAAAACAGAAAACCGCAACAAUAACAAGGGGCGCAAGAUGCCUGAGCAACAGGCAUGUGCCUAGGCAGAUGUUGUUGCAUGUUGCAACAAAUAAGUAAUAAACAACGACAGCACCAACAACAACAGCAACAGCAGGACCUGCAACCACACAAACUUCAACAACACCAACAAACGACAGAGAAAAGAGAAGCAAACCACCCCCAAAACGUAACCUCAAAAGUGCAGUUUUUUUUUCUAUAAAUCAAUUUUUUUGAGAGUGUAUUUCUCUGUCUUUGUGUGUGUGUGAGUGCGUGGGAGCGAGUGAGUUUGUGUGCGUGGUUCGUCUGUUGGGAGAGUGAGAAUGUGGCAGUGCAAUGCUGUUGAGCAGCUCCCAAAUACUUACAACAAAAACUUCAACAACAGCAAGAAUACGUUUAGCAACACCAAGAAAAGCUUCAACAACACCAAGCCCAUCUAAGCAGCACAACAACAAGAGUGUUUGAAGCCAAAAAAAAGAGUUCGGCAUGAAAUGGAAGCAGCUAUACGCUCCUCUUCAGUGCAGGUCGGUGCUCCGCCGCCCACAAAUAACACCACAAACGGUGCCAGCAGCAGCAGCAGCAGCAACAUCAACAGCAGCAGCAACACCAACAGCAGCAGCAGCAGCAGCAACAACAACACCAGCAACACCAACAACACCAGCCAGCUUCAACAACAGCAUCAACAACACCAACAGCAACACCAGCAACACCAACAGCAGCAACACCACCAGCACCAGCAACAACUUCAUCAUCAUCAUCAGCAGCAACAGCAACAACAACAACAACAACAACGUGCUGCAAGCAGUAGCCUGCAACACCAGCAACAGCAACAUGAUAAUGGACCAACGUCCCAUCAUUUGCAUCAAUCAUCAGCCUCCAAUCAGCAGCAGCAGCAACAAAGUAAAGCAGUGCAACAGCAACAGCAACACCAACAACACCAAAAGCAGCAACACCAACAGCAGGCUGCCAAUAUGUCCGCGUAUCAGCAGCGUCUGCCAGCCGGUGCAUCAUCGAUUCACAGGGCCUUGGAGCAGUCGCAGCAGUAUGCCAAGAGUCUGGGACACCUGCAGCAGCAGCAGUCGCACCAUGCCCCCCAGCAGCAACAGCAGCAGCCACCACCCACAUCCCAGCAGCAGCAGAUGCACCUCCACCAGCAGCAACAGCAUCACCACCAGCAGCAGCAGUCCUCGCGUACCGCGGCCAGUCCGUUGUCUCCGCCCCGUUCGGGUCCACCCGUUGGGAACAGCAGUGCGGCAGCAGCGGCUGCUGCGGCGGCGGCCGUCAACAAUUACACAAAGUUUGGCGAGGCGCCGCCCCCGCCCCAGCAUCGGUUCAUCCCGCAGCCGGCGUUCAGCAUCGCCCCGGCGCCCACCUACCGCGAGAAUCCCUACACACGCCUCACCCAAAUGCAGCAGCAACAGCAGCAGCAGGCCGCCAUGCCGGAGUACCAGCGGGCAGCCCGGGCGGCGGUGGCGGCAGUGGCUACCGGCGCUGGCGGUAAGCCGGGCCAGGGUCCGGGUCCUGGUCCAGGACAGGGCUCGAGUAGCGGCUCCAAUGCCGGCGGCGGUGGUAGCGGAGUGGUCCAGGUGCCGUCCGGCGGGGUGCUGGUCAUGGAGGCCAUGUCCCACUAUCCCAAUCAGCCAGGAUCCUCCGUUUCCAGCCAACAGCAGCAGCAACAACAGCAGCAGCAAGGAGGCAGCGGAGGCCCUGGAGCGGGUGCAGGUGGAGCUGGGAGCGGCGGAGGCAGCAUAAUGGUGGGAAAUCUAGGACGCAUCAUCAUGCCCCACUCACAGGCGCUGCAGUAUACCAGCGAAUACCUAACCAAUGCCACAGCAGCGGCCGUGGCAGCGGUACAGGUAAACCAGCGUCAACAGCAGCAGCAACAACACCAGCAGCAGCAGUCGGAACCCUUUGGGGCAGGAGGCGGAGGUGGCAGCCAGCAACCAUACAAGAAGCAGCGGCUGAGCGAUGGGAAUCCCAGUGGCCUGAAUCACCUGCCAUCACCCCACCAGCAGCAGCAGCAGCAUCAACAACAGCAUCAGCAGCAGCAGCACCACCAGCAGCAGCAGCAGCAGCAGCAUCAUCAGGCUCAGCAGCAACAUCACCACCAGCAGCAUCAACAACAGCAGCAUCACCACCAGCAACAGCAGCAGCACCAGCAACAGCGAUCCUCGCCAGCGCAGAUGCAGGCGCAGAUGAACAGCAGCCAGCGGCAGAGCAGCCACGAGCUUCACCGCCAAAUGGCAGCAGGAGGCAGUGCAAAUGCAGCAGCAGGUUCCGUGAUGGCCGGUGGGCCAAUGGGAAUGCAGCUCAAGGUGGAAACGAUACCGCCGCAGAUGUCCUCGGCGGCGCCGAAUUCGUCACGUGUACCGCCCUCGUCCAGCACCACCACAAUGGCCACGGGAAUGGGCAUGGGCAUGAGCACGGUGACGGUGUCCACAGCAGUGCCGAGCAGCAGCAGCAGCAUCAGCAGUGGCAGCAGUAUCCAUACCACUGCAGGAACCGCAGGACCGUCCACCUCCGCAGCGGCAGUUGCCGCAGCAGCAGCAGCCGCAGCUGCCAGCAGUACUGAGGCCUACCACCCACAGGUGGAGGCCAUCUCCCCCACGCUGCCCAGCGAUAAUGCCAUCGACGAACGUGGUCGGACCACCGCAAAGGAGGACCUCCUCAUGCAGAUCCAGAAGGUGGACAAUGAGAUCAAGUCCGCUGAGACAGGCAUGGAGUCGUUGCGGAAGAAGGAGAAGACCCUGAUGGAGUGGGCGACCCAAUUAAAGCAGAAGAAGGCUCAACUGGCGCCGCCGCCUGCCGUUGUGGCCAGCACAAGUGCUGCAGCAGCAGCGGCAACCACAACUGCUGCCAACAACAACAACAAUAGCAGCAACAAGGACAAGGACGAUGAGGGCGUGUUGGGAAUGGAGGUGGUGGAUCUGUCGAUGCGCAGCCAAAUGCUGGCCGAGAAGAUCUAUGCGGCGAACCGAGCGACGGCCCAAGAUCGACAUUCCAUGCUGCAGCGUGCCGCUGGAUUUGCAUUCGAUGCGAGAGAGAGCGGGGAGCAGCAGCAACAGCACUAUAUGCCGCUGUACAAUCAACCGCUGGACGUGGAGUCGCUGGCGCUGCUGAUAAAGCAUCACCACAGCCACGUGAAGACGCCUCUCCUGCAGCACAUACGGAAGAUAAAGGUCGAGCGGUGCCAGCACCAGCAAACGCUGGUCGAUAAGUACGCCAAGGAUCAGGCGGACUGGCAGCGGCGGUGCGAGCGGGCGGAGGCGAGUGCCAAGCGGAAGGCGCGCGAGGCCAAGAAUCGCGAAUUCUUCGAAAAGGUGUUCACGGAGCUGCGCAAGCAGCGGGAGGACAAGGAGCGCUUCAAUCGCGUCGGGUCGCGCAUCAAGUCGGAGGCGGAUCUGGAGGAGAUCAUGGACGGGCUGCAGGAGCAGGCGCUCGAGGACAAGAAGAUGCGCUCCUACGCGGUCAUACCGCCCCUUAUGCAUGACGCCCGUCAGCGCCACUGCGCGUACCACAACGAGAACGGCCUCAUCGAGGACAUGUCGACCGUCUACAAGCAGCACAAUGCCGUAAACCUGUGGACCGCCGGCGAGAAGGAGACCUUCAAGGAAAAGUAUCUGCAGCACCCCAAGAACUUCGGGGUGAUCGCCGCCAGCCUCGACCGCAAGUCCCCGCAGGACUGCGUCCGCUACUACUACCUCAGCAAGAAGCAGGAGAACUACAAGCAGCUCCUCCGCAAGUCCCGCCAGCGCACGCGCAGCUCCCGCAACCCGGCCAAAGCUCAAGCCGCCCAGCCCCAGUGCAUUAUCGACUCGCUGACGACGGGCGUUACCACCCGCCUGCAGCGCGAGCAACAGCAGAAGUCCGGUGGCCGCUCCUCGGCCAUUGCGGAGCGCGAGCGUGCCGAACGGGCCGCUGAGCGGGAGCGGGUCGCGGAGAAGGCUGCUGCCGAUGCCGCCAAGGCGGCCGAAAGUGCCGCCGAGAAGGCCAGCGCCGUCACCAAGGCGGUCGAGGCCAUUGUCGUCAGCGAGAAGGUGGCUAAGGCAGCCGCUGCCGCCGCCGCUGCUGCAGCAGCUGCUAUUACGGCGAUGCCCUCAACAUCAGCGGCAGCAGCAGUAGCACUGGCAGCCGCCGAAAGAGCAGAAUUGGCCGCCAAGGCUACCAGCGCCAGCAGCGAGAAGAAUGUCGCCAAAACAGCAGCAACAGCCACCGCAUCAGAGAUCUCAUCGGGCAGCAGCAGCACUAACAACACCAGCACGAGCAGUAGCAGCACCAUCAGCCACAGCAGCAGUGAGGCCAAAGCCAAAGCAGCCACGGAAGGUGCCCCAGCAUCAGUAGCAGCAACAGCAGCUGCAGCAGCUGCUACAUCUACAUCUUCAGCCACCUCCUCCGCAUCAUCAUCAUCAUUAGCGACAGCGUCUUCAGCGAAGCCAGGAGCCAAAGGAGCCACGUCUGGGGCCACUGUUGGAGCUGGGGAAGCAGUUCCUGCGACGACAACAUCCACAAGCACAGGCAAGGCCAAGGCGGAGGCUGCAGCGGCGGCGGUGGCUGCCGCCUCGUCCAAGGCGAAGGCGGAAGCGGGCGCUGCUGGAGGAGCCGCCUCUGAUCCGCAGGCCAAGGCAAGCCAGAAGGCUGCCAAGGCGGAGGUCUACAAUGCAAGCGGAGAACGCGCCAACAAUCCAGCAACAGCAACAGCCACAUCAGGAGCCACAGCAUCAGCUGCUGCUACACCCCCAGUGGGCGUGACAUUGAACGGCUUUAAGCCCGGAUACCAGAGCGUAGUGAUGGCCAACGUGAAGGCUUCCUCCUCCUCCGCCGGCGGCAGCAGCAGCAGCGAAGAUGCGGCAGCUGGAACUGGAUCUGCAGCCGGAGCCAGUGUCCCUGGCGGAGCGUCGACGAAUGCAACGGGCGGCGAUAAAAUCGGCGUCAAGCAUACGCCAGCAUCGACUGCAACCAGCGGUGGUUUUGAUUUGCCUCCGAGCUCGACGGCAUCGACGGAGCAGCACACUGGAGUUGGUGUGCCCACAUUGACGACGGCCACCACGGCGGGCAAUUAUCUUGGCCAGAAGCUGAAGGCCGCUCAGGUGGAGGGCCUGGGUGCCGGCAACGAUCUGCUCUCCGAUGCCAGUGAUUCCAAGAGAAUGCGCUACAGCGAGAUGACAGCCAACGAAGUUCAUCAUCCCCACAGCAACAGCAACAACAUUAAGGCCAAUGCCAAUGCGAAUGCCAAGGACAUCAGCAAGCUCCCAUCCUCAUCAUCCGCGGCGACUGGGUCGGUACCAACAUCUGGAUCCAUGGUCAAUUCAUCAACGGCCACCGCCACUUCGACUGCCGCGCUGUUGAUCUCCGCCGUCUCCUCCAUUAUGUCCACUUCCGCGGCAAGCGGUGCACUUACCACAUCUACCACAUCCGCAACCACAUCGAUGGCCAUGCAGAUGGCCGCCGACAUCAGUGGGAGUGGCAGUGGGAAUGCAUCCAACAACUUGGAUGGCCUCUCACAGGAUGGCAAAGACAAACUGGCCAGCUGCUUCGUGUGCAAGGCGGAGGCAUGUCCAAGGACGCGGCCCCUGAAGAAGGGACGCGGCCAGCAGUACGGUAUACCGGACGAGUCGAUACCGGCGGGGGCGCGGAUGUGCAACAGCUGCCAGUGCAAAUCGGUGCGGAACCGCUACCCAAACUGUCCCCUGUCGACGUGCCCCAAUCCCAAGGACCGGGCCCAGCGGCUGCGCAACAUACCGUCGCGACUGUUCGAGCUGGCGCCCGAGGUGCGCGAUCCCGUGAUGACCGAGUUCCAGAUACCGCCGCAUGCGACGCGCUGCUGCUCCGCCUGCCUUAUGCGCAUCCGGCGCAAGCUCGACCCUCAGCUGAAUCUCACGGACGCUGCUGCGGGAGGGGGUAGCGGCGGCGACGAAACGGAUGUUAGCACCUCGUCCUGCGACGAGCGGGAGCCUGGCGGCUCCGACACCGCUUCCGUGGAGAGUCCCGAGAAUCUGCAACGCCACAAGCCCCUGACCCUGACCAAGCAGCAGCAACAGCAACAGCAGCAACAGCAGCAUCAGGUGGGGAUACAGCUGCCCCAGCCGCCUCCACCAGUGCCCCAGCAGCAUCCGCACCAACAGCAGCACCUUCAUCAGCAGCAGCAGCAGCAGCAGAAACCCACGUCAGUGGGCGUGGGACUGCGUGGCGUGGCCGAGCUGCCGCUUAUCAUUACCCCCACGCGGAUGAGCUCCAAGGCAGCGGGUGCGGACAACGAGCGUCUGCUUCCCCCGGCCGCCGGACAGGCGCCCAAGAAGCAGAAGACCAGCGAGGAGUACGACUCUUCGGCCACGGAGACGGCCGACGAGGAGAACGAGAACUCUCCGGCCAACCGCCAGAGCCCCAAGGUGCUCUUCAACGCGGUCCAUGCCCACGGUCAUGGUCAUGGCCACGUACACGGACACGGACAUGGACACGGCCAUCCGCAUGCACACGGCCACGGGCAUGGGCACAGCCAUGGGCACGGACACGGACAUGGACACGGUCAUGGCAGCAACAAUGUGGGCGGACUGCAGCCACCAAAUGCCGCAGGAGUGGGAGUGGUAAUGGGAGGACUGCCGCCUGGCAUGGGGCCCGGAAUGGGAGUUGGCCAGCAGCAGCAGCAGCAGCAACAGCAGCAGCAGCAACAGCAGCAGCAGCAGCAGCAGCAACAGCCACAGCCGCCACCGAUGAAUGGACCCAUCAGCAUGCGCCGCGAGGCGGUCAACAAUGUGCAGGACUGCGUCUUCUCCGUUAUCGAGCGUUCGCUGAAGCACAUAGGACCAGAUCGCAAGCAGUCCUCGCAGCAAUCCUCCUCAGCCGGCGGGAAGACCCCCACCCAGACCGCCUCUCAGCAGCAGCAACAGCAG